AUGGAUCCAAAUAAUUUGCCGAACUCGCUGAAUGGACUGGGCGGUUCGCAAAAUCCGAAUUUCGUUCAGAACAAUCAGUUCCCCGGGCAGAAUUUGAUGGGAAAUGCCGCCAAUCAAUAUAACCCAAUGCUGUUGCAGCAACAAUAUCUUAAUUUUGGCGGCUUUAACAUGCCAUAUAAUAAUCAGGUUCAAGGUGUUCCUUUGGAGCCAACAAAUAGGAUUUUCCAGCCCGAAAUUCCACAAAUAGUUCCAACUCAAUCAAGGCAGACAUCUCAGCAAAAUGCACAACAUCAGAAGCUUUUUGAGGAGCAAUGUAGGCAAAUUGAACUGGAACGAAAAAAGGCAGCUGAACGACAACGACAAAGUGAACUUGCUGAGCAGGCAAGACUCCGCGAGAUUCAAGAACGGCAGGAACGCGAACGCGAAGAGCUUCUAAGAAGGCAGGAGGAAGAAGCGCGUCUAGCUGAAGAACAACGACGAAAAGAAGAAGCUGAGAGAAUUGAGAAGGAGAAGCUUUUACGAAUUGCUGAAGAAGAGAAGCGAAAAGCUGCCGAAGCAGCAAAGCUUCGAAGUGGGAUGGAAGCAAGACAUUCAAACCUUGGCCAACCUUUGACCCUUGUGGCUACUCAUUUCCUCCCCACUUUCCUCAACAUGAUCCCAUUUCCUUAUGAGGGAAUGACAGGUUCAACGACCCCGCUUGUUAGCGAUUUGAACCUCGAUCGACUUCUUUUGGAAAAUUGCGAUCCUCACACCGUGGCUACUAUUGCUGAUGUUUUAUCCCAAGUGGACGUUGACGACAUAACGUCGAGAUUGGACAAACUUCGACCGAAUGAGAAGGAGAAUAAUGAUUUAUUCUUCGACCAGCUUCCACCUUUGAUUCGAGCAGUUGUGAGCCAUAGUACAAGCGCGCUCGAUGUUGAUUCUCAUAAUGAUAUGCAACUUCUCGAUAAUGAAGACCUUAUGAUGCAGGAAGAUAUUACAAGAUCGGGACCAUCGCAAGUCCUUAUGCAGCAGAGUGAUUCGUACCGGGCUCAAAUGCAAGCUGCCAAUAAUCAGAAUCAGCAUAAUCAAAAUAAUCAAUAUUCUUCACAUGAAAAUACCCCGACGACGUCGGCGACGUAUUCUGAAGGAACAAGUGGUACGAUAUCGAUUGAGAAGAGGAGACAAAUGAUGUCGGUUGGAAAGGCGCCAAAAGCUGGUGGUGGAAGUCAAAGAAAGAAGAAGGAUAUGGUUGAAAGCUUGUACGACUCACUUACGGAUAACUUUGUGCCAUCUGUUAGCCGACGAGGACGACGUAGGAAUCGCGAGAAUUCUGAAGACGACGACGAGUCGUUGAAACGUGAUCUCGAAUUGAUUGCGGCAAUGGAAGCUGGCGAGAAGUUGCCGGCGACUGUGACGGGAUUCCGACGAAGUGGAUAUGAUUCGGACGAAGAGAACAAGUUCUUUGAAAAAAAGAAUAAGAAGCGUAAGCGGGAAGAGCAACCGGAUCGGCCACCGACGCCCACGGAAGUGAUUUCUGCGCGAGCCGAAGAAUGGAAAGAACGACAGAGGCAGAAGAUUGAGAUGAACAAGAAGAGGAAGACCGAGGAUGAUGGAAAUGAUUGGAAUACUGAUGCUCUUGCUGAAAAUGAUUCGUUUGUUCGAUUCAAUAUGCUUCUUGAUACGAUUUUCGAGCAGAUUGAGAAUUUUGACAUGUCGCAAAUCACACAGAAAAAGAAGAGAAAAUCGUUGAAUACGUCUGAUGAAACUGGUAAUUCGUCGUCUGACGAGGAAGACGAUGGCGUUAGCUCGGACCUUCUCAUUGAUCGCGGUAUUCUGGAUGAGCUGAGAAGGGAAGCGAUGAAGCUGAAACGAUGGCAGAAGCUUCACAAAGUUUCGCCAGAUCGCCUUAUCAAGAUUGUGUCGCUAUUGGAAAGUAAUAUUCGGGAUGUGAUCUCAAAUGAUAAUUUGCGGCUUCUUGUUCCGAUUCUCGAUGAUGAAAUUGAAGAGGACGAGCUUGCGCUGAAAGAAGUUGUUGAGGAGCGUCUCCUCAAGGCUUCCGAUGCUGCUUGUUGCGCAUUGUUGAUCAUGACGAGUCACAAGAUGCACAAGCAGGUGCUUCUCGAAGACACAAUUGAAAGAGCGGUGGCGCUUGCAAAGCUUUAUCUAACGAAUAUCAUUUUUCCCGCGUCGGAUAGUAUUUAUAAAUCGGCGAGCGGCAAUAAGAAAAAGACGAUGACUGAUGAGCCGAAGAAGCGAAAGAAGGUGAACACGUCGAGAAAUCGAUCGCCGAUUAUUCAGCAGAUUUACUUGAGAGUUACCGAAUUGUUUGGAUGCUUCGCAGAAUUGGUUCGACUUGACACAAUUCCCGAUUCUUCAAUUCACAAUAUGGCUUCAAUGUCCGUCUCAUCGUUCUUCGUCUCGAAUGUUGGAGAACUUCAGAUUCAGUCAAUGCGACUUGCCUCAAAUAUUUUUUCACGUGGUGAUCAUCAAAUUCGGUUAUCAAUGAUGAGCGAUAUUCUGUCUUCCCUUCACAGGAUACCUACGACGAGUGUGAAGAAUGUGAAUAAUGGCUAUCGAUUAGGAAAUGAUCAGUGGAUAUCGAAUACGACGGCUCUAGUAAUGCAACUCAUUCAGAGUGUUAUCAAGAUGCCCAAGUAUAAGAAGACGGAUGACGAUAAUGACAAUGGACAGAGACAGAUCAAUCAGGACGCCGUUGUUAGGGAUUCGUUCCUUCAAGCCUCAAAAAUCACCAAUGGAUUCCUUUCCGGAUUUUUGAAGAAGUGCUCGCAGAAAGGAAGCAAAUUGGAUGGUGAAGAGGAUUAUCGAAUUCUGUUCUCGCAUUUCCUGCAAGAAAUUUUGUUGGCCCUUUAUCAGCCGGAAUGGCCUGUUGCCGAAAUGAUCAUCGCGUCAGCUGGAGCGCUUCUUGUUCAACAUUUUAAGUCGAAAAACACGGACAUCACGAUUCGACAGGCUUCUCUUGAUUUUUUGGGUCUUGUGACGGCUAGAUUGCGGAAGGAAUCGAAAGAAGUGGCCGAAGAUGCGUUUGAGCGAUUGGAAUUGGUUGUGAAAACGCUGAUUUAUGAGGAAGACGAUGAUGGCUAUUAUGAUACGGUUGACGAUGUCGAUGUGUCCAAAUUGUCGCAGACGGAUCGAUUGAAGAAGCUUGAGCAGGCUCUUAUUGAUUAUUUGAUUGAAAAGAAAGGUGAUUCGGAGGUUAGCUAUGCUGUUCUUUACUACACGGGCGAAUGGUAUCGGGAUACUGCCGAAGAUUUGGAAAUGAGUAAGAACAAGACGGCUCGAGCUCUUUCUCAACCCGAUCUCACCGAAAAGGAGAGGAAGAAGAUUGAGAAGAAGCGAGAGCGAAUGCUUGAAAAAGGCCAACUUCUCAAGGAAUUCCUCAUGAAGUUGGUUGACAAGAAGAAUAUGAGGAAACGGGCUGAAUUUCUAAAGAAUAAAGGAGCUAUUAUGCUGGAAUCAGAUGCACUGUGGGCUGUAAAGUUUUUGGCUAGAAAUCGCGAAUUUAGUCACUCGUUUGACAAUUUUUUGAAACAUAUCGUGCAUGGUGCUGGCUCCGAAACUGUUGUCAAUUUGAGAACGAGAGCAUUGAAGAGUCUUUCGAUGAUUAUUGAAGCUGAUCACGAAGUCCUGAUUCUGGAAGAAGUGCGAGCCGCGGUUCACAGCAGAAUGAUUGAUUCGCACGCGCAAGUCCGUGAGGCUGCCAUUGAGCUUCUUGGUAAAUUCCUGCUUGUCAAACGCGAUUACAUCGACCAGUACUACAGUAUGCUCACUGAAAGAAUAUUGGAUUCUGGUGUGGCUGUCCGCAAACGUGUCAUUCGAAUAAUGAGAGAGAUUUGCGAGAAAUUUCCGACGUAUGAAAAGAUACCUGAGAUGCUCUCGAAGAUGGUUCGACGAAUCAAUGACGAGGAAGGUGUUAAGAAGCUGAUUCAAGAGACAUUCUCAACACUCUGGUUCCAGCCGGUCGAUGAUAGAAUUCAACCGGAUGUGUUGGCUAAUAAGGCUUUGGUAAUGUCGUCAGUAGUUCGGCAUUGCAUUCAGGAUGUCACUGUUGAAUACUUGGAGCAGCUCAUCCAUUGGGUUCUUAAAAGUGAAGAUAAGAUGGUCCUAUUGGCGAGUCGGCAACUUGUCGAUAAACUUGUCGAUCACAUUCUUCAUCUGGAAACGACGAUGGCGCAAAAUCAGCCGACGAUUGCCCCGAACUCGGGAGAAGCUGAGGAACUUGUGGUUGCUGCGAAGCAGAAGGCCAAUCAGGAGAGUCAGCUCGCUUGUCUAACAACGCUGGCCAUUUUCAGCAAGGUUCGACCGGAAUUGAUGGUAAAACAUGCGGAAACCCUACAGCCUUAUUUGACAACGACGUCGAAUUCGGCAAAAACCGCCGCCGAGAACGCAGUGCUCAACGAAGUGAUUGGAAUGCUUGAACGCGUUGUUCCGCUUAUGAGCCAUCCGAGCGAUGGAUUCUUGAAUGGAAUCGACGAGGAUCUUACGAAUAUGGCGACGACUUGCGGCAUGCAGCUGGUGGUUUCGACGAUUUCGUGCUCUUCGGCAAUCUGGAAUCGAUUCAAGAGGAUCAGACCGAAAUUGGUUGACAAGUUCCUUGCGAAUAUUGCUUGUGUUACGGCACACAAGCGGAUUCAUGAGCGCGAUCCGACUCAUAAGACGGAUAAGAGGACGGAGUCGACGCUUCAGAGGUCAAUCUUCACCAUUGGAGUUCUAUGCCGCUAUUUUGAUCUGGAUCAGAUGUUGUCGCCUGACAAGCCGUCUGAAGAGCCGCACGAUGAAUUGAAUCCGCCACCAGAAAAACGAGCGAUUCGAGACAAGGUUUUCGAAUGUUUGGAGUUUUUCUCGCGUUCCAACCAUCCGAUGCUUCGACAGAAAGCGCUUUCCUCGUUGGGACACUUCUGCUCGCAGCACAGCGAGUAUCUGACGAGGCCAGCGGUUCAGCAAAUGUAUUUGGCGAAUUUGUCGGACAAGAUUCCCGGCAAAUUGCCGCAAAAGAUACAGGUGCUCAAGAAUUUGGAGAUGUUCCUUCAGAAUGAGGAGAAGAAGCUUAUCAAGAAGAAUGAAGAAUGGAAUUCGAACAAGGCUAGCGAGAAUCUUAAAGAAAUGGAGCUUAGUGGUUCGGGACUUGGAUCGACAGUCAUUCAGCGAUACUGGAGUGCGGUGUUGAACUCGUACUGCGAUCCCGACAUUAAUGUGCGAAUGGCGGCUGUUCAAGUGGCGUGGCUCACGCUGAAUCAGGGUUUGGUCACACCGGGCGCUUCGAUUUCGUAUUUAAUCGCGAUGACGACGGAUCCCGUCGAGCUGAUUCGAAAUAAAAUCGACAAUUUAAUCAAAGAGAUUGAUUCGAAGUACGCGGGAAUGGUACAGAGCAAGGCGAUUCUUGGUGUUCGGUUGUCGUUCAAAUUGCAUCAGAAGAUCCAUCAGGCGGCGGUGGCGGCGGGAAAUGAAGACGCAAGGAUUGUCAGAGGCAUCCGAUGGUGUGAUUUCUCAGCGGGGCCGGCUACAAGAACACAAUUUUCGCUUCCAAGAAUGUCUAAUGAUGGAAUGGCUCUGCUCAGUGGACUUUAUCAAAGCCUUCGCACGAAUCGGCAGCAGCGGCGAUCAUUCCUUCAAUCGGUUCUCAAACUUUUUGCUGACGAUUGCCGUGAGAAAUUGUCACUUGAGGAAUGGAUUUUUGUCGCUGAUAAUGUCGCCACGUUCCCGUAUCAGAUGAUCGAUGAGCCGUUGUAUGUUAUUCGGCUCAUUGAUCAAAUUGUCGCGCAGACUGGGCAAUCUAUUCUUAUGCAGUUUAAGCAAAGUUUAUUGCCAUUGCCGGAAUAUGAAGGACGCAUUGAGGAUGAGGAUGUUCUAUUUGAUCCGGAGAACUUGUUCCGCAGAUUCCCGUCGAAUAAGGAUCACCUCUAUGAUUUGAUGAGGAGCAGUCAAUCGUGCUUCAUAUUGCUUUAUAUUCGAAGUUUUCUUAUCAAGCUCUACUCGUUUACCGAUGCAAAAGUUCAAGAAUAUCUGCCAUCAGAAGCGGCAAAAGUUUAUGAGAAGGCAGUGUCGAGAAAGAAUAUUCACACGUUCUCGCCGGCGACGGCGCUUUUGGAAUUGAAUCCGGAGAAGCUGAAACAGAGGAAUACGAUGGAAGGAGAUGUUGAGUUGGCGAAGAAUAUUAAUAAGUUCCGCACCAUGCUUCUGACGUUGGACCGCGGAGAUGAUGAUGAUGAUGGUGAAGCGAAGAUCCAGGCGAUCGCCAACAAUGAUUAUGACGACGACGAUCUUGAAGAGGUGGAUGAGAUGGCAUCGGUGGGCUCGGCGGCGCCCAUCAUGGACGAGUAA